AUACAGAGAGCACACAGCUAGCUAAAGAGCCGGUGGUUUAUCACGAUUUUUAGCACUCUAACUAAUUAAUGUCUCUUUCUCCUAUUCAUUCAACUUCUUUUCUGUGCCAAUAUAUUCAUCUUUUACCCCAAAUUUUCAAACAUCAUCCUCAGAAUUAUCAAAUCCUAGUAUCAAAAAAUCGGAGAACCAAAAGCAAGGUUUCUUGUUACUAAAACCAAAGCAAAAUAAAGGAGCUUUUAGAAGAAAGAAAACCAUAUAUCAUGAGUUCAAGCAGGAGAGCGUGGAUAAUAGCAGCGAGUGUUGGAGCAGUGGAAGCUUUAAAAGAUCAAGGUUUCUGUAGGUGGAAUUACCCUUUGAGGUCCUUCGCUCAGCACACAAAGAAUAACAUGAGAUCUUACUCUCAAGCUAAGAAGCUUUCUACCUCUUCUUCCUCGCCGAUUGCAAGAAGCGACAAGGCAAAGCAAUCUGAAGAAUCUUUGAGGAAAGUUAUGUACUUGAGCUGUUGGGGUCCCAAUUAACUGAUUUUUGUUAGAGAAACGUCGUUAAAAUGUAUAGUUGUGGUUGUAAAUAGACUUUUAAGUCAUGCCACUUCAAGAGAAGCAUGUAUAUUAUUUCGAAUCUUUCCAAGGAUGAGAAAAAUUACUACGAAAUACUGUUGAUAUUUUGAUGAAAUGAUGAUAUGACAGAUCGUUUAGUAUUUUGCAUUCA